AUAGCGAAAUAUAACAUUUUUUUUUUAAGGUUUGUUUUGUUAAGAACUUAAGAGUAAGCUACCUUUGACCGUUGAAUUUAAUAAACCAAGUCUAAAUCUACAAGUACCCUAAACUAAAGAUAAAAACAAAAAAGUGUAGUAAGUAAAGUCUAAGUCACAAGUUCACUGUCAUAAAAAAUCAAGUGUAACUUGUAAGUGUCUUAAUGCUUGAACUUAGGAAUUGAAAAUUUCUGUCUCGUCAGGCAGUGGUCUGGUUUGGUUCAUUCUUGGCAUCUACUAACUUUACAAAAAUUAAGAUUGUUUUACAAAGUUACACUUUAAAUUUAAAAAAACGUACACAGCUGAGUAAAAUAAAUAAUAAAAAAAGGCACACUCUAACUCUAAGACUCUAAGGGCAUUAUAAUUAUAAGCCUAAGAAAAAAGAAGGAAUAAGGUAGAUAGUACUGCUCUUUUUUCUUGUUCCUGAAUUGACUGCAUUUGGCAUUUAGUGACGAUUUAUUUUGGAAAUGCCACUUAAGGAGGGGUCAUGGUUAAUACCACCAAGAACAAAGAAAAUUCCAUGGCUGUGGAGAAUUUCAAGUCGCUUCACCGUAUCUUUUGUGGGUUUGUACAGCAAAGUAUGGUUAGGUAAGUAAAGUAAGUAGGCCUACACUGCUUAUUUAGCCAGCAGUUUUAGUUUUAAAGUUAAAGGCAUAUACUUAAGUUACUUGACAAAACAUGAACUCAAGUAACGCACAUUUCAGAAUCCCAAUUUUUGCUAUACCCCUUUCCUCCAUGAUAUGUCAUUGCACACUUUAUUUCACGUCCAUGAACUAUAUUAAAUAUUCUGAUGUCCCAACCACUUUUAAACUGAAUAUUUUUACACCAUACUUAAAUUGAAACGAUUUCAUUUCCUGAAAAUAAAAUAUUGGGCACCAAACACAGUUGCGUUAUUUAAAAAAAAUCAUUUAGUGUAACUGCCAGGAAUUAUAUUUUGCGUGCUAUUGAACUCAUUAUUGAACUAUACUUUCUUUCAAACAUAUAAAAUUAUUUCUAAUAUACUCUCAAUACCAAAUACGCUGAAUAGGAAGCAGCCAGAAAUGGAAGCAGUACACAAGUCGCACCAGAAGCGUAAUAUAUAUAAGAGAUUCUAAUCAUUUAAUUAAAUUUUCAAAAUUCACUGACGUUAGUGACAGCACAGUGAGUGUUUUAAGUACUAAUAUAGGCUAUUGUAUAGGCAUAGGUUCUUAAUUUGAAAUUUAAAAUAGUGUCAGAUUGCUACAAAAAUACCCGGUACACCAUUUUAAAGAGCUGGUUCACACCGGUGUAGUGCAAAAAGACCAAAAUAAUAUCAUCUUUCUAUGUGGUAAAUAAUAGGCAUAUAAAAAUAAUGAUGGUCUAAAGAGUCUGACUUCUGUUAAAUAACAGUGUAAGAGUAAGAGUAAGAGCCAUCCUUAAAUGUUGUCACAUACCUGGGGGCAUGGUGUGUCACAAGUUUGUGAUGUAUGCCAAGGGUGUCUACAUUUGUUUACAAAUUUGUGACAAUGGGCUGAAAGUAUGGGGGAGGGGGUAAAAAAUUUCCCUAAAUAGCAUGACAUCAUUUAUGGAUGGCUCCUAAGAGUAAAUCUUAAAAGCUAAUAGUCUUUAGUAUUAGCAUUUAUCUUUCAAACAAAAACUUUAAAUUACCGUAACAGUAAUCUUAUAAAUAUUAUACCAGUUCCAUUAAUAGUUUUUAGAAUUUAGGCCUAUUAUAGCCCAUAUUGUAUUAAUAGGCUGAAAUGAAUUAUAGGCUACCAAUACACUACUACUAGGCCUACCUGUACUUAAUUACUAAAUUAGUAUACUAAUUGCUAGUACUAGGGUAAUGCUUUCUAUUUAUAAUAAUAAUCCUUCACCUCAUUAACACAUACUUUUUUUGUCAGUUUGGUUAAACAAGGUUCAAGUUCACAAUAGUGAAGUUCUUCAAGAUGUUUUGGUUAAAAGACCAAAAGGCAGGGGUCUGCUAACUGUCAGUAAUCAUACAAGUUGCCUUGAUGAUCCAUUAUUGUGGGGUAAUUAUUUCAGAAAUUCUAGAAAAUUAACAAUUUUUAUUUGCUCAAGAUCUAUCAUCUAGAAAAUGUAGUUCCACUGAAGGAAAAGCAGUGAUUUGACUAUGGUAAUACUAAUACCUAAAAAUUUAGGUAAAGCAUUAGUUAUGGUAACACUAAAAUAAAGUAUGUUGGAUUGAGUUACUCUCCAUUUAACAUAGCAUAACUAACAAGCAUUACCUAUUCAAUUAAUAAUUAAAUAAUUUGAUGAGAAUAUUUCAUCAUCAUCAUCAUCGCCUGUCGUCCCGUCUGGGGCAUAGGCCACAAACAAAGGCUCUCCAGGCAUCCCGGUCUUGGGCAAGUCUCUCCAACUGUCCCCAGUUGUGCCCACUCUUUUUGAUGUCUGCCUCCAGUUCCCUUCUCCAAGUUGUUUUGGGUCGACCUCUUUUUCUCUUACCCUGGGGGUUCCAAGUCAGGGCUUGUCUCGUGAUACUUGAUGCGGGCUUUCUGAGGGUGUGGCCAAUCCAUCUCCAUCUGCGCUGGCAGAUUAACUCUUCCACUGGUUCUUGUUGUGUGCGCCGCCAGAGAUCCUCGUUGGUGAUGACGGUGGGCCAGCGGAUUCGUAAAAUCGUUCGGAGACAUGAGUUGAUAAAGGUCUGUAGCUUUUUUGAACCAGCUGCUGUUGUUCGCCAUGUUUCUGCCCCAUAUAGCAAGACAGGUUUCACUGUGGUGUUGAAUACCUUGACCUUGGUCUGGAGGGUCAAAUUGCUGCAGCUCCAGACCUUUUUUAGCUGGUUAAAUGCCGCUCUUGCCUUACCAACUCUCACUCUUAUGUCGGCGUCUGUCCCUCCUUGUAUGUCAAUGAUGCUGCCGAGGUAUGUAAAGCUAUCCACCUCCUCAAGGUUUGUUCCUUCCAGUGCUAUAGGUGUGUUGCUUGAUGUAUUUAUUUUAAGGACUUUGCUUUUUCCUCUGUGGAUGUUCAGGCCGAUGCAAGCAGAGUACUGUGCUACAUAAUUGGUUUUCUCUUGCAUCUGUUGCUGUGUGUGUGAUACUAGGGCCAGAUCAUCCGCAAAAUCCAGGUCAUCAAGUUGUUUCCAUAGUGUCCAUUGAAUACCAUUUCUCUUCUGCUCUGUAGACAUUUUUAUUAUCCAAUCAAUGGUCAGCAGGAAUAGGAAAGGCGAGAGCAGACACCCCUGUCUGACACCGGUCUGUACCUCAAAAGCCGCCGUUGUUUGCUGGCCGUGGACAAUUCUGCACGAUAUUCCUUCGUAAGAAGCCUUAAUUAUGUCUGUCAAUUUUUGUGGUACCCCGUAGUGUCUAAGCAGCUUCCACAGAGUCUGUCUGUCGACACUAUCAAAAGCCUUCUCAUAGUCAAUGAAGUUGACGUAUAGUGGCGAGUUCCACUCCAGAGAUUGUUCCACAAUAAUUCUCAGUGUGGCAAUCUGGUCUGUGCAGGAUCUGUCUUUUCUGAACCCUGCUUGUUGGUCCCUAAGAUUGAUGUCUAUUGCCUCCCUCAUUCUGUUUAGCAGCAUUCUGUUGAAUACUUUGCUUGGGAUCGACAGCAGGGUUAUUCCCCUAUAGUUAGAACAAGAACUAAUGUCUCCUUUCUUCGGGAGCUUAACGAGGUGUCCUUCUUUCCAUUCAGCCGGUAUCUGUUCCUCCUCCCAUAUUUUCUUGAAUAGUGUGUGUAGCAUUUCAGUGCUAGACGUAAUAUCUGCUGUCAAGGCUUCUGUCGGUAUUCUGUCAGGACCUGCCGCCUUGCCUUUCUUUAGUUGUUUAAUUGCUCUGCAUAUUUCUUGCUUUGUGGGUGUGCUGCACUCUAUUUCUAGAUCUUUUUCCGCUGGCUCUAUGUUGAGUGUGUGUUGUGGUGCUGGCCGGUUGAGGAGUUCUUCAAAAUGUUCUAUCCAUCUUUUUUUCUGACCCUCUUCAUCAGGUAUUGAUUUCCCAUCUUUAGUUUUAACUGGUCUCACUGGAUUGUUGAACUUUCCAGAUAACUUUUUGAUUGUACUGAAUAAUUCUCUUGUGUUUCCAUGGUACGCAGCCUCCUCUGCUUCACUUGCUAAUCCUUCUAUGUAGUUCUUUUUAUCUGUCCUUAUACUACGUUUAACUUCUUUAUUUGCUUCUGAGUAUUCUGUUGAUGCUCUGGCCUUUUCGGUUCUGGUGCGGCUAUUGUUUAGAUUUGCCUUCUUCUUUCUCCUAUAUUGGAUUUUUUCCAUGGUUUCAGCAGAAAUCCAUUCUUUAUGCGUUUGUUGCCUAGGGCCCAACACUUCUUCACAGGUAGUCGUGAAUAUCUCUUUGAUUUCUUUCCAGUUUUUGUCAAUUGUUUCUUCAUUGCCUAGUUCCUGUAAGAUCUGGAACUUAUUGGAGAUGGUAAGUUUAAACUCCUUUAGCUUGGACUCAUCUUUCAAGAGGUUGAUGUUAAAAUGUUGGCGCUUGCUUCCCUCGCUUGUCCAGUUCUUUUUCAGUUUCAGCCUUAAUUUGGCAAUAAUUAGAUGAUGGUCUGAGGCUACAUCUGCCCCUCUUUUUACCCUAACAUCUUGAUGAGAAUAUUUGGUCAUGUAAAAAUUGUUGGUUACAGUUACAGGGAACAAACUCUACUUUAGAUCAGGCCUGCACAACUCAAAAUGUAAGGCGGGCCGUAAUGCAUUAUGAAAAACUUUUGCGGGCCAAAAGAAAAUAGGACAGGACUUGAGCGGGCCAAUAAAAUAUAGGUCAGGGGAACAGCUAUUAAGAAAAUAAAAAGAAAACAAGUUUUUCGCUACCUCGCAGGCCGCUGGUGCUGGCGGGCCAUAAGCGGCCCGCGGGCCGUAUGUUGUGCAGGCCAGCUUUAGAUGAUUGCUUACCAUUUAAAGACAUUUAGAAUCAACUGCAUACACAACUAGCUUCAACAUAAGCCUUGUUUUCCCAUGCCUUUUUGUUUCCAUUGACUUUCACCAGGGAUUUUGAAAACAAGACAGUUAGUUAAUAGGGAUUUCAUGAGAUGGACAUCAGCUGCUGAGGACAUCUGUUUUAAUAAUAGAAUGACAUCAUUGUUUUUUUCAUUUGGAAAAGUCUUCCCCAUUGUGCGAGGGGAUGGAGUUUAUCAGAAAGGAACUGAUUUUGCUAUUGAACAGUUGGAUUUCGGAAAGUGGGUCCACUUUUUCCCAGAAGGUAAUAAAAAAUUGCAUGCCUUUAAAUUUUACAUUAUACCCUACUUAAACUUAAAUUACAUUAUACUUUGACGGGUACUUAAAUGUUCUUGUUUAAAAAUAUUUUAUACCAUUGCUAAAAUAUAUUUUUAAAUACCGGUAUAAUUUUUAAAGAAUUGUUGAUAUGACAACCCAGUGGUACAAUCUUAACACUGCAUUCCUCUUAACCAAGAGCUGCAUGAAAUGGGCUCUUUAGCAGUGCUGAAUUAAGCCACUUAGAGGCCCCUUGGCAGACAAAAUUAGGGGUUCUACAUAAAUUAUCUCUUGGUGGAGAUCCACCAUUUUAAGUUGAAUUAAAAUGUUUGUUAAAUGAAAAUAAUUUUUUGUUUCACAUUUUUCUGCCAUUAAUUCUAAGUCAUUUUACACAAACUGAUUCAUGCGCGACCUCUACGCUUCACCUACCUGUAACGACAUUUCACAACUCUAGCAUCAUAUUGUUAAUCUUUACUAUAAGCAAUAUUAAACUAGAUCAUUAUAUUAAUUAUUUACAAAGGCACAUUCCAACAUUAGAUUGGAUUAUUUAUUUCAAUUUUUUGUUCUUAAACUUGAAAGUUAAAUGCAUUUUCAUUUUGAAUUUUUCUAUUAAUAAAAUUAAUUGUUUCAACUUCGAAUAUUUUAUGCUCAACUUUGGAGUUCAUUACAAGUACUUAGUAGACAUUGUUUAAAUUAGACAUAAAAUACUUGAAAUACAGCAUUUCUUUUGCAAAUACCAACUAAAUGACAUCAGGAUAAAAUCUCUCUCAGUCUUCGGGCAGCUUCGUUAAUUUAUUUUACUGUCAUUGUAAUUCAAUGAGAAAUCUCAAAUAUAGAGAAUUAACUUUGUUAUUAGCAGUCAGUUCCAUUGAUCUGGUCCAGAAGGCUGUCAUAACCUUCCAUUUUAGCUCACUUUGCAGACAUUUUAUUGCAUGAAUUGUCUCCUGGCCUGUGAUUCACAUCUUCAGCAAUUAAUUUGAAAGCCUUCUUAAAAUAGCUGUGGCCAUGUGAUGCCUUGGUUGCAUCAGCCUAUGCACUCAACAUCAUGUCAUGCUCCGUUUUUAUAUUUAGUGGAGAUUUUUGUGAUAUUACCCAUCUUUGUGCUCAACAGUGUCAAGAUUUUGAGUAAAACUGCCCAAAGGUGGUUUGAUGAUAAUAAAAUUUGUGCUUUGCUUGAAAAAGCCACAGUCAUUAAAUUCUCAAAAACAGCCAUCAUCAGAACCAUAUUGAGUGUGUAUGCUGAUUUAACUUGAAAAACAGUGGUGGCAAGCUAUUUCCCAAUGGGGCUAUAAGAAGCCUCAUUGGGAAAGAAAUUGCCACCACUAUGGGAAAGAUGUAAUAUAAUGUUCUGCCACUUAACCUUCCAAUUUCCAAACAUAUCUAAACAGUACAGUCAGUUGGUCAAUGGGAGAUAAAUCUGAUGUCCAAUCAACCUGUUUCAAGAAAAGUACUGGUUUCCUUCACAAUAACUUUCAGAAUCCAAGUUGAAAUUAUUUAAAUGAAUGUCAUCAAGCUGUAUAUUCAAUCCGUAUGUUUGAUCUUAAGCCUCAUUAUCUUUAAAAAUGCAAUGGUCCAAGCAAUACAGCAAAUUCUGACUUUGAAAAAUUGGUACCCGGUAUAAACUAUUUUAUCAGUUAAAGCCUUUUAUAUGUAAUCUUUUAAAACUAUCAAAACUUAUUUCCAUUCUCUUCCCCAAUUUAACCUUUACACUACCGGUAGAGAUAUUCAAAUUAUUACUAUAUUGGGUUUAUAGAAAAAUAAAAUCUGUUUUAUUACAGUAAUGAAAAUCAUUUCAGACAACGGCAGCUACAUUAUGCACUCUCAACAUCAUAGUUAAUUUUAUUGCCUCUUUUCCCGCUGUCACAUUCCUUGCACUUUUAAUUUCCAUUCAUCAAAAGAUGACAGUUGCUCAAAAUCAAAGCCACUCUUUUUCUGAUUUUGAUAGACUAUGUUGCUGCAACCAAGUACUGUCAUAUGUGCAACGGGUAUGGGAAACGAUGAGGCUAUCCUUACCGCUACUAACGGGUGCCAGGGCAGCCUUGAAACUCUCGAUUGAUUUCGAGUCCACAGCGGCAUUUUAUGAUCACCUUCCCUAAAGCAAUUUCCGGCCGGCACUGCAGUGCAAUGUGUUCCUUACAUUUUUAUUUUUCCAUCUGCUCUGAGGAGCCUGUCACAACAGUACAUUACGUCAUUACAUAUACUUUCAAAUUCAAGAUCAAUUGAUAUAAGGUCACAAAUGAGGGUACUACAAGCCCACUUACAACAUCUACAUUUAAUAUUCCGGAAUCAAAAGUUAGUUAUCAGUUGAAUAUUGGAAACUUACUACAAGCUGAUUGUUUUAUUUGUAAAUUCUUCUGGUAAAUAAGGCAAUAUUGCUAAAUAAAAAGAUAUUAGAGAAGCUAUUUAUAUAAUUUUAUUGAAGUUUAUUUAAUAUAUUCUUCAUUGUUAUGGUAUCUUUUUUUAUAUUUCAGGAAAAGUUAAUAUGACUUUGGAGUUCGUGAGAUUAAAAUGGGGUAAUUGUUCAAAUUUAAUUUUUCAUUUGUUUUGUAUCAUCAGUCUCACCCUAUUUUUAGUCCUGUUUAGUCACAUGUUUGUUGUUCAAGGAGGUGGCUUAUGUUUAUUUUUUUUAAUAUAAAUGGCUUGAUAAAUUAUUUUUCUGUAACUAUUUUUAUAAUUUUUUAAAAUCACCAACUUCUUUAACAGGUGUUGGACGAAUAAUUGCUGAUUGUAAGAAAACACCUCUUGUGUUGCCUAUUUGGCAUGUUGGUAAGUUUCCAUUAUUUAAAACAAUCAUCCCAAAUUAUGCUUUUUAAAAUGUGAUGUUUAAGCAUUAAAAUACGCACAAAAUAUGUACAUUAAUGCACAAAUUCUGCAAUAAUUAUACUGAAAUUCUGAUUAUUUAUCACUAAUAAAGUCAGCUGUCACCUAAAGUUUCCAAUUAUUUACAAAGAGGCUCUAAAAAUAUUACCAAAAGUUUAGUAAUUCUUGUCAUACCUUCUGCUUUAAGUUUAAGUAGGGUGUGGAAAUGCUACAGUAAAGAAGAUUGCAUUUCAAUUUUGGUGUUUUUUUAGGCGUUUAGAUAACAAUUACAAUAACUUUCAAUAAGUGAAAUAUAUUUGAAUUGUAAAAGUAAUGAAUAAUAAAAACAAUACAAGUGGUUAAAAAAAUCCUGUUUUUAAAUUUUAACAUUAUCUCCCCCUCUUUAAUUAAAUAUCUCAAAAUUAGUUGUGUGAUAGUUGCUAUCCAAGUCCCUGGAGUUGCUAAGAUAAGUGCCACCUAGGCAUGGACAAAAUUUUUGCCAUUCCCCUGAAAAAAAUUUCUUUAGUUGGCAGAAAAUACAGCACCUCCAUAAAAAUAAAAAAAAUUGGCCCUAGGAGGACUGACCCCUUCCAUGCCCACUUUCUACGCAAGUGUCCCAGAGACUGUAUGUCCUACUAAAGUCUUCAAAUUUCAUCUCUGUGGUAAUAUGCCAAAAGUCAGGAAACACCUGUUUACAGUGAUUUGAAUUUUUUAGGGUGGGGUGAGAGCUUAUUUUAUGUACCCAUAAGGGGGUAUGUCCCUAAAAGUAUUUGCGCAACAGAGGGAGGAGGUCUUAAAUUUGGCUUUUUUCGCUGUAGUUAUCUGGAUGGCCCCAAAUAGAUUAUUUAUUACAGCAUUACGAUUCUCAAAGUUGUGCCCAGCAUACACUAGAAAAAUCUACUAAGUGUACAUUCCAUAAAUAAUAAAGUCUUUGUAUAGAGAUGAUCUUUGGUACAGGUGUUAUUUUUAAUAUAACUCCAUAAUUACCUUCCAGGUAUGGAACAAAUUUUACCAAAUCGCACACCAUACAUUCCUUUGAUAAAAAAGGUAAGGUCAUUUUAAUUCAAUAAUAAAUUAUAUAAUUUAUUUUGGGGAUUAUGUUUAUGAAACAUGCAAUUUUAACAUAAAUUUAAGUUAAAAAAAUGUCUUGGCAACUAUACCUGCUAUGAACUGAUUUAAAUGAUGUUCAUGAGUUCACUUAUGAAAAGAAACACCCUUGAUCUUAAUCAGCAAAUUUUAUUUCGUUAUCAGUACCUGUAUUAUUAAUAUAUAUUAUCAUUAUACAUAUAAAUUAUAAAAGUAAAUAAAUUAUAUUUUUUCUACUGAUGUACAUAUAAAUAUUUGAUAUUUAUUUAAUGAAUACUUUUAGUUACCGGUACUGUACAAAGUCACUCAAAAUGCUUUUUUCCCCCUUGUAGAAAGUAACCUACCUUGUUGGAAAUCCUCUAGACUUUGCCAAAGACGUGGAGUUUUUAAAAUCUACUAAAAAGACUCCGGUAAAUUUUAUUAAUGAUUUUUACUUUUUGUAGUCCUUACCUUACUGCAAAUACUUAGUGAAAUGAAUGUAGUAUUAUAUUUAUAAUUUAGGAAUAGUCUAUGAUUCCUUUAAUUUUACAUGAAAAUAUAUUUCAAAAAGAAAACAGUUGUUAACUUUUUCUUAAACUACUUCACUGUGCAAAUCAUUGAAAUAUCAGUACUAGUAAGUUAGUAGGAAUUCAUCCCUUAAUUCAGUGGUUCUCAACCUUCCUAACGACGUGACCCUUUAAUAGAGUUUCUCAUGUUGUGGUGACCCCAGCCACAAAAUUAUGUUCGCCGUUACUUCAUCAAUAUAGAGCAUAUGUGUUUUCAGAUGGUCUGAGGCUACCCCUGGGAAAGGUUCGUGCAACCCCCCAAAUGGGUCGCGACCCACAGGUUGAGAACCGCUGCCUUAAUUGUUCAUAAACCAUUUCUAUAUUAUUAUUUUGUAAACUUCUCAAAACUCUUAUUUAAUAAAUGAAUUUACUUGUAACAUAUCAUCUACCGGCACUUUAUUUUCAUUUUUUAGUAAAGCUUUUGGAAAUAUUUUAUACAAGCAUGUAUUGAUCUAACUCUAAGUCAUAUUACAAGAAUUUAAUAUAAAUUGCCAAAUUUGCAAGGUAUCCUAUUAUACAGAUAAUUGACUUAAAAUACUUAAAUGUAAUAGCUUAGCCAUUACUAUUAGCCAUUGCAUAAAUUAGCAAUAAGUGAGGCAAUCCGAAAACUCAUUUAAUGUUAUUCUAUUGCUACUACUACUAGAGAAUUAGUUGGAAACAUUUGUUGAUUCUGACAUGAUAGGAUGUCUUACUCAUUUCAUUUAAUGAAGUAACCAUAUAAACUGGUUCAAUUUAAAUUUGCAGUUACUGGUACCUCAUGUUAAAUUUUCUUUUUCUUUCCAGGAAGAAAUUCGGAAAUACAUUACAGAUAAAAUACAAGAGGAAAUGCUAUCAAUGAGAAAUGUGGCUGAACAUCUUCAUAAAGAAUUUACUUUAUUACAAUAGACUCUAGUUCGACAUAUUCAGCUGUAUUAUAAUAAUAUAAUGUAUUGACUUCCCAAACGCUUUCAUGGAAGUGUAAGACUUAGUGUACAAAUAUUGUUACAAUUUUCUAUAUGAAUAAUAUGUACUUUAAUGUGACCUAUGCAAGGUUAACAACAUUAUGAUAACUAUGUGAGAAAAUUAGGGAAAUGUAGCAUCAAUCACCACUUCAUAUCAUGUUAUUUUCUUGUCUUAAGUUCAAUUUUAAAAAAAAUUAAGUAUCAGGUUUAAUUUUCAAUAUUUUUCUUAGAUAGAUUUUAUUUAUUAAAUGUUUUGUUGUUUAUGCUAAUCCUAUAAUUAACAUUUCUAAAACAAAGACAAAAAAAAAAAAAAAGAACACCAAAACUAAAGAAGUAAACUAUGGUAAUCUUAUUGUCAUACUGUGUCAAUGAUCAAACAGGAACAAUUGAACCAGACUGAUGCAGCUGUAAUUGUUAAUCCAUAGCAUUUAACACCAAAUAAAAAAAUUGAAGUGAUACUAUCUUUUGUUGGGUAAUUUACAUGAAUUUAAAACAAGAAAUAAUUUCCAGCAUGAAGUGAUGUGUGCGAAGUAAUGUCCAACAAAUUGAUUGCAUCUUUGAGCUACUCUAAUUUUAAAAACAAUAAAUGCACACACACCUUAAUAUAAUAUGUCAAUGUUUAAAUUAUUAAGUUUGAAAUUAUGGCCAAGAGAAUCAAAUUUAUGAAAACUAUUUCCUCUUUCAGAGUUUCAUCUAAGCUAAAUGCACUACCAUUUUAAUCUGCAAUUAAAGAUAUUAUAAUUAUAAUAGCAUAUGUGAACACAAUCCAGGAAAAAUAAUGUUUGCAGAGCCCCACACCAUAACUUCCACUGAAUAAAAUAGAAUCUGCAAGUCAUUGUACAAAAGUAACUUGGAUGUUUAUUAAUUUUAAUACAAAAGCUUUACUUCACGCAUUUACAUGGAAAAAGGCACUGCGAGUUGUCUAAGAAGCCAUUUAAAAAUUUGACAGCAUUUACUGCAGCGAGGUUCACCUAAAAAUGUCAAUAAAACAAGAUAAAAAUGAUGUGCAAGAGAAAAAGAUGUCUGGGAAGUAGAUGUUUUGCUAAAUAAACCUUUUAGCUCUGGGUCUAAAACAUACAGGUUAAUUAAAUGUGUAGUAAAUAGUUUUCCAGUCACAAAAUAUAAAUCUUUGGCUAUAAAAAAUUUACUCUAGAUUAGAUGCUGACAAAAUAGAAAUAACUUAAAUCAGUAUCUAGGUGCAAAGUAUUGAAUGUUAAAAUUAGCCAAAUAAGUACCAUACUUGAAGUUUAAAGUGGAUCUAUGAUUAUUCCCCAAUAAUGCACUUUAAAAUCCCUAAAAGUUACUCAAAG